AUGCAUCCCCUGGAGAAAGCUGAUGAAGAGGCCUCAGAAAAGAAAUCAGAUGGAGCCUGUGACUCCCCAUCCAGUGACAAGGAGAACUCCAGCCAGGCAGCCCAGGACAACCAGAAGGAAGCCAUCCUGAAGGAGGAUGACAACAGGAGGGAGAGUAUGAGCGGCGUGGGAGCCGGUGCCGGGGCGCAGGGCCCUGCCCAGGUCAUCCACAGCGGCCACUUCAUGGUGUCGUCCCCGCACAGCGACUCGUUCCCCCGCCGGCGGCACCGCCGCGCCGAGCCCCGUGGCAUCGACCCGACCCUCACCCGGCUCUUCGAGUGCAUGAGCCUGGAGUACAGCGGGAAGCUGGUGUCUCCCAAGUGGAAGAAUUUCAAGGGGCUGCGGCUGCUCUGCCGGGAUAAAAUCCGCCUCAACAACGCCAUCUGGAGAGCGUGGUACAUCCAGUAUGUGGAGAGGAGGAAGAACCCCGUGUGUGGCUUCAUCACCCCGCUGGAGGGGUCGGAGGCUGAUGAGCACCGAAAACCAGAGGCUGUGGUGCUGGAGGGCAACUACUGGAAACGCCGCAUCGAGGUGGUGCUGCGGGAGUACCACAAGUGGAGGAUCUACUACAAGAAGCGGCUGCGAAAGUGCACCCGGGAGGGAGAGCUCUCCAGCCCAAAGCAGGAUGAGGAUGCCUGGAGGCCAACAGAAAAAUGGUGCAACCAGCUCUUCUGCAACGUGGUGCCCAUGCUGCUUGGGGAUGAGGAAGAGGAGCCAGGGGGUAGGCAGCACUUCGACUUGGACACCUUCCUCUCAGACAUCUCUGACACUCUCUUCACCAUGACACAGACUCCCAGUACCCACCAGGCAGUCCCCGAGGAUGCUUAUGUUGGGAAUGCUGACAUGAUCCAGCCAGACUUGGCCCCCCUGCAGCCCAGCCUGGAUGACAUGGAGAUCUCAGUGACAGAGGCUGUUUUCUCCUUCCAGCUGCGAAAGUGCACCCGGGAGGGAGAGCUCUCCAGCCCAAAGCAGGAUGAGGAUGCCUGGAGGCCAACAGAAAAAUGGUGCAACCAGCUCUUCUGCAACGUGGUGCCCAUGCUGCUUGGGGAUGAGGAAGAGGAGCCAGGGGGUAGGCAGCACUUCGACUUGGACACCUUCCUCUCAGACAUCUCUGACACUCUCUUCACCAUGACACAGACUCCCAGUACCCACCAGGCAGUCCCCGAGGAUGCUUAUGUUGGGAAUGCUGACAUGAUCCAGCCAGACUUGGCCCCCCUGCAGCCCAGCCUGGAUGACAUGGAGAUCUCAGACAUUCUCACCGGCCACCGGCCACCACCAUCGCAGACACAACUGGGCUACCAGGAGCCACCCUGCUUCGUGUCCAUGGCUGAGCCCCUUUUUGGUGCCAAGAAGGAGCCAGCCCUGGAUGCCCCACACCUGAUGGGUGCAGGACUCGUGCCCACAGCCCCUGUCUCCCCGCAGAACUCUGUCUCCGAUGUCCCUGCCACCUUCCUCUCCAGGAUGACCCACCUGAGCCCAGGGCUGGCUCCUGGCUCCAGCCCUUCCCAGGCAGCCCCCCCGGCAGCCCUCCCGGCGGGCGCCCAGCCGGGCGCGCUGCGGGUCCCCAAGGCAGAGCGCCUGUCCCCCACCUCAGCUUGUGGCAGUGACUGGCCCAAGCCCAGCCAGGCUUCCCCAGGACCUGCUGUGGGGCCGAGCACUGGCACCACCCUGCACCACCCUGUGUCCCGCCGGGGUAGGGCUGAGCCCAGCAAGGUGGAGACCCGGCGCAUCACACACAUCUCUGCCGAGCAGAAGAGGCGUUUCAACAUCAAGCUGGGCUUCGACACGCUGCACAGCCUGGUCAGCACCCUCAGCGCCCAGCCCAGCAUCAAGGUCAGCAAAGCCACCACCUUGCAGAAGACAGCCGAGUACAUCUGCAAGCUGCAGCAGGAGAGACAGGCCCUUCUCAGCAGGGCCCAGUCCCCCCGAGCACAGCCCCAGGGUGCUGCCUGUGCCCCCAGCCUGUGCCAGGAGCAGCUGCCGGCCACCGGGGUGCCCAUCACGCGCCAGCGCUUCGACCAGAUGCGUGGCAUGUUCGACGAGUACGUCCGCUCCUCCACGCUGCAGAACUGGAAGUUCUGGAUCGUAUCCUUUGGGGCCAGUGCCCGCUGCCUGCUCUGA